CCUAAGAGAACAAAACUCUGUGAAGGAUUAUGCUGUUAACAGUUUACAUCUUUUAAUUCCCUUUGAAAGGAAUAAACCAGAUGGAUAGAAAACAGGAUUUAGGAGAAAAGAUAAGAAUAGUAGACAAGCUUGUGAGUAGGACAGCAUUUAUAAAUUUUAACUGCUUAUUUCAGAAUACAAACUGAGUGAUUAAGGAUGCUUAAAACAAAAUAAUAAUCAACACUGAAUCUUUACUGAAGAAAGGAAUAAAUCAGAUUAUGAACAUAAACAUGGCACUUGGAAAUAAACUGACUCGACUCCAAUCCUUUGAGUUACGUUCAUCAAAGAUAACACACAGUUGAGCACCUAAAACCAAUGUUGUUUUAUACGAAUGUUACAUGAUCUUCUAAUUUAUAGUUUCUUGGCAUAGGUGUACUGCUACAUUUUCAAGACCCAGCACUCCAGCUAAGAGAUUUGUAUUUUGUGGACCCAAAGUGGCUCUGUAAAAUAAUGGCACAGAUUUUGACAAUGAAGGUGGAAGGCAUUUCUAAAUACCCUAAGGGAAUUAUAAAACGUUCAGAUGUGGAAACAUUUCUUUUGAAGAAGAGCAGAUUUCCUAAGAUAUAUAUGUCACAAUACUUUAAGCUUCUGGAAAAGUUCCAAAUUGCAUUACCAUUAGGAGAAGAUCAACUACUUAUUCCAAGCAGUUUGUCUGAUCACAGACCUGUUAUAGAGCUUCCCCACUGUGAAAACUCAGAAAUCAUCAUUAGACUGUAUGAGAUGCCGUAUUUUCCUAUGGGAUUCUGGUCAAGGUUGAUCAACAGGUUGCUCGAAGUAUCUCCUUACAUGCUGUCAGGAAGAGAACGAGCUCUUCGUCCUAAUAGAAUGUAUUGGAGACAAGGUAUCUAUCUGAAUUGGUCUCCUGAAGCUUACUGUCUGGUGGAAUCAGCAGUGUUUGACAACAAUCCAGACAGCUUUUUGAAAAUUACAGUUCCUUCUUGCAGAAAAGGUUGUAUCCUUUUGGGGCAAGUUGUGGAUCACAUAGAUUCUCUUAUGGAAGAGUGGUUUCCUGGCUUGCUGGACAUAGAUGUAUGUGGUGAAGGGGAAACACUGUUGAAGAAAUGGGCUUUGUACAGCUUUGAGGAUGGUGAAGAGCACCAAAAAAUACUACUCGAUGAUUUACUUAACAAAGCUGAAGAAGGUGACCUCUUAGUAAGUCCAGACCAGCCAAAAUGCACCAUUCCAAUAGCUCAGAUUGCUCCUGACCUGGUAUUGACUGAUUUGCCUCGGAAUAUCAUGUUGAACAAUGAUGAAUUGGAAUUUGACCAAGCUCCUGAAUUUCUUUUGGGUGACGGUGGGUUUGGAUCUGUGUAUCGUGCAUCUUAUGGUGGAGAAGAAGUAGCCGUAAAGAUUUUUAAUAAGCAUACUUCCCUCCGACUCUUAAGACAAGAGCUGGUGGUGCUUUGUCACCUCCAUCACCCAAGCUUGGUGUCUUUGCUGGCUGCAGCAAUCCGUCCCAGGAUGUUGGUAAUGGAAUUAGCCCUAAAGGGUUCUCUAGAUCGUUUGCUUCAGCAAGACAAUGCAACCUUAACCAGAACACUUCAGCACAGGAUAGCUCUACACGUAGCCGAUGGCUUACGGUAUCUGCACUCAGCAAUGAUCAUUUACCGUGAUUUAAAACCUCACAAUGUGCUGCUCUUCACAUUGUAUCCCAAUGCAGCAGUUAUUGCUAAGAUUGCUGAUUAUGGCAUUGCUCAGUAUUGUUGCAGAAUGGGAAUAAAAACUUCUGAAGGCACACCAGGAUUCCGAGCACCGGAGGUUGCCAGAGGAAAUGUUAUUUACAAUCAGCAAGCUGAUGUUUAUUCAUUUGGCUUGCUUCUUUAUGACAUUUUAACAGCAGGCGGUAGAAUAAUGGAAGGCAUGAAGUUUCCAAAUGAAUUUGAUGAGUUAGCAAUCCAGGGAAAAUUACCAGGUAUGUCAUGUUUCUUCAUGAUUUAGUGCCAGAGAAUAGAGAUCGCCAUCCUGACC